AUGAAAGAGCUGGUUGUGGAGCUUGAUCUUGGAAAGAAUGAUGGAUUGAAGAACAAAGUCCCUGGUCGUCUAACAUCAAGGUUUUGUACAGAAACAAUUGUGGAGAGCUUAGUUUCACUUCACUCGGGUACUUAUGUUAGGGGUGGGCAAGAAAAAUCGGAUCUAGAAAAUGCAGAUUAUGAUCAUCAAUCCUCACCAAAUGAGGUGGUUAUUCAGAAGCGGAUGGAUUUUCCAUUCGAAAAAUAUAUGUUUCUCGCGGUCAUUCAAAUAAUAGGUUCGUGUAAUGGUUUGUUUUUCGUUAAAAUUGGUUUUUUGGAUGUGGUUACUGGUUUGUGGAAUCCAGCUACUAGGGAGUACAAAAUAAUACCAAGGUCAGAAGCACCUAAUGAAAUCGAAUUCGGGAUAGUAAGAAAUUAUGGCUUUGGAUACGACCGCGUGAGGGAUGAGUACAAGUUGGUAACAAUAGUAACAAGCCGUUACUCUUACGAUGAUAUCAUGGUUUCCCGAGUCGAGGUUUAUUCACUGAGUUCAAAUUCAUGGAGAAGAAUUGAUUACAUACCUUACAAAAUUAGAGAUGAACUAACUAAGAGUGUGUGUAUUCACGAUGCUCUACACUGUUUAGCAAAUCCAUGUCCCAUUAGAUCAAGCAACAAGUUUUCACAAGUCUUACUUUGUUUUAACAUGGCAAAAGAAGUAUUUUACGAAUUACCACUGCUACAGAUUUUUGAUGAUGACAAAAAGUUUAAAGAUAACGUAUCGAUAUUUUGGAAGAUUGUUUAUGCAUGCUUGGUAGCCAUUAUAGUGUUUGUUUUGAGGCGCAUACAAUCGUUAAAAAAUGGAGAGAUUUUAUUAGAGAUUCAGUUAGAAAACUGGUUCAGGAAUGCAGCGGUUAUUUUUUAUGACCCGAAACAUGAAAGAGCUAGGAUUGUGGAGAUUGAUCUGGGGAACUAUGAUGUAUGGAGGAACUGUGGUGGAUUAAGUAUUGGUCGUCUAACAUCAAGGUUCUGUACAGAAACUUGUGUAGAGAGCUUAGUUUCACUUCACUCGGAUACUUAUGCUGGGGGUGGACAAGAAAAAUCGGAUUUUUCAUAUGCCUCAAGAAGAUGA